AACAAACACAGUUGUCCGGGCUUUGGCGCCCCCCGGCGGCCGCCGCCAGCUCUGCUUUCUCUUCCCAGUCACUGAGGCUGUGCUGCGGGAGGGGGCCGGGUGUGCUUGUGGCUUCAGGACAGGCAGCGUGAUGCCUCAGACUGGGCUCAGCUUCGAGGACGGACCGAACGGACCGCAUUACAACACCUGGAAAGUCAGCCACGUGAAGAACGAGCACAUCCCYGGGAGAAGCUGGGUGAACGGAGCAUUCUUUCAACAUGGCUGCUCCGCUGCCAGUCGAACCAGUGAGAGCUCACCAGUUGGCUCACUGGACCUUCCCAAGCUACCGGGAAUAGUUAACGUUCAUGUUGAUCACAGACUAAAGGCCAGGAGACCCAAAGCAGCUCCGCUGAUCAAGAUCUGGACAAGGGAGAGCCAGAUUUCACCCGUCUCUAAUGGCUCCGGAGCUGGGAUGACAGGAACAGCGCCGGUUCUGGGUGGUGGUGCAGCCAGACCGGGUGCUGGGAGUCCGGACUGUAAAUCUGAACAAGUGGUUCCAGACCCCAGUUCAUCAAAACCAAAGAAGAAUCAAAGACGAAAGAUGAAAUUCAGAAACAAGAAGAAGAGAGAGGAUGAAGUCUCGUCAUCAGGAUGUUCUGCACCACCAGAACAAGAGCAGGAAGACUGGGAGGCAGAGAUCCAAGAGGUCACGCUAGGAAACUGGGAAAAGAUGUGUUUUGGCGUCUCGGCUUACGGUCCUGAGGAUGUGAUCCAGUUCGCGCUGCGGGACCUGAGCCUCCAGCCUAACGAUGACCUGCCGGCGACGGCUAAUUACAGCCCGGCUGUACAUCACAUGCAUCCCAUUCACUGGAGGGCCUACAAAGCUCCCGCUGAGCCCGACCAGUUUACAGAUGCUGAAGAGUAAGCCAGACGUGAUGAUCACUAUUCCCAAAUUAGAGCUUUUGGGUAGUGCUGCACCUCUUGACUCGUUUAAUGGAUCGUAACUGUACAGGAAGUAAAAACUUUACACCGUUAUUUUUUUUUUUUUUAGUAAAAGUUUUUAGUUCCAGAAAUCAAAUGUAAAAUACUUCAUCUUGGUCUGUGAAAAACAUCAGAAUCAACUAGGCUGAUGCUAUUAGCUGUUUUUUUAUUAUA